AUGGCAAAUGAGAUCAAACCUCAAUUUCAUUCGCUAAAUGAAUAUGGACAGCCUGUCGGAGGUAGUCCUAUAAACCAUUGGAAUGAAAGGACAAUUCUUUCGUUCGAUGGUGGAGGUGUAAAAGGUUACGCAAGCCUUCUGGUGCUGCAAGGACUUAUGAGAGCCAUCGCCAGAAUCGAGAGCGAACAUCUUGACGGACCACACAGUUCAAGCUUCUUGCCACGAGACCCGCCGACAUGUGAGCAGAUUUCUGCUUCAGGAACACUCCCAAAUGAGGCAUCCAAUAUAAAACCAAAUGUGUCCCAGACACCAAGACUUGAUGGCUUUCUGCCCUGCCACUACUUCGACUAUAUGAUUGGGACAAGCACUGGAGGGCUCAACGCUAUCAUGCUCGGACGUCUACGUAUGAGCAUUGAAGAAUGCAUUAGCCUAUAUCCGGCCAUGGCUAGAGACGUCUUCAAGAAACCCAAGAAGAAGAUACUCCGUAUAUUGCUCAGACCAAAAUACAACGCAAAAGGUUUGGAAAUUCAAAUCAAGCAGAUCGUGGAAAUGAGAACACCUCGACAGAGUCAGCACCGUGACAUUUUCUCCAAAUAUGAGUCUCCAGAGGACCUUUGCAAGACUAUUGUCAUAGCGAAAUCCAUCAAUGGACCAUUACUCGAAAAACCAUACCUCUUCCGAACCUAUGACAACUCCUACGUCCCCCAAGAUUACAGUCUCCAUAUCCGCAACCCUGGACGAGCGAAUACAGAUCAUAUAUGGCAGGUUGCCAGAGCGAUAUCCGCUGCUUACAGCUACCUCGAUGGAAUGGAUAUCGAAGGAAUUGAAUACACUGAUGGAGGAUUGGGAUUCAACAAUCCAACGGUGACUGGAUUUACCGAGGUGUACCUCAAAGAAGGUUGUUACAAUAAAACAACAUCGGGCGCACCGCGUCGCCUUACAAUCAACCACGUAGUGAGCGUCGGAACCGGUUCUAAGCCAGAGCCCGUAGUUGAUAAGGUCAAGCGCCGCUUACGGCCACGCCGAAUCGCAAAAACCACCGACCAAAUACAUCGAGCAGUCGAGCACCUGACGGAUGUUUUCGAGAAUAGCUUGACAAUGUCAAUAAUGAUGGGCCUGGGGAGCCGCCCUUAUUUUCGAUUCCAGGUUGGUCCCGAAGUGGGGGGCUUGAAACUCGAUCAGUGGAAAGAACAUGACUCUCUUGGUAUUGGUAAACCAUCUACGAAAACUAUUAUCGAAACUGUGGUACGAGAAUUCCUUAUCAACGAAGAGAGUCAAAUCACGGCAUGUGCGAAGCUACUAGUUGACCUAAGAAGAGCCAGGAUACGCGAGGACUCUGGAAGGUGGAACCGUUUCACCUACUGUACUUACUUCCUCUGCCCUUCAUGCUCGACUCGGAAAAACACGCAUGCAGAGGCGAGGAGACAUUUCCUGACGAAUCACCAAGAUGAAGACCAACCAGAGGAUCUAGACACCUUGAUCAGGGAUAGUGAGAAACAGCCUAUGUUCACUGGCGGUCCCUAUUGA